AUGGAUGCGCACGUUCACCCUCGACCACAGCUUCCCAAAGCUGCUGGACUGUCCAACAUUCUUAAUGAGGAUCCUUCUUCAACCAAUGGUCCUCCGCCCCAGCUGCGUGACUCUGGGUUCUACUCGACCACGGACACAGCCAGCAAACAUACCUCUGCUACGUCCUUCAGCGUCAGCAGCCUGAGCCCGGCCGCUUCAGCCUAUCAAUCCUCCGCCGACAAGACCCCUUCGCCCGUGGCCGGUAAUAUGAUUCCUCAGGCUAUUGUUUCUCCGGCUGCAGGCCACAUGAGCGUUGCCUCUAUCAUGGCGCCUAAUACACCGGGGGUUUCUGAACAUCGACGGCUCGAACACUCAGCAUCGAUGGAAUCGACACAGACUGGCACUACUUUGGGGGAGAACCUUAUGCCGGGGACAAUGUCUCGACGUGAGAGCGUCGACAGCCGAAUCAACCAGGGCCUGAGCGAUAUGAGACUCGGUAACUCGCCUUAUGCUAGCCAAAACCAUUCGACAACCUCUAUCCAGAACAGCCUCCACCAACAACGCAACCCUCGCUCCGGUCUCGACACACCCUCGAUCCACCGAAUUUCCAAUGGUUACCAGCCCAGUGCCGACCGAAACCCCGAAUCAAAGACUGUCAGAACCGCACCGGCAAUUACAGGCCCAGCGACUGGGACUAUCGCUCGAGCAGCCGAGCCAACAAAGGGUCAAGCUUGGGCUUUCCCUGAGGAGGAGCUUGGUCGCGGAAACCAAUCUGGAGUGUACGACACCUCGCGACGAAGCAGCUUUUCCGAAUCGGUCGCUAGCAGCCAAUUUACCGCCGACUCUCGACUCCCUCCCGGGCAGCGAAGGUUGGAGGAUGGGGCCUCGCCCCCGUCGCUCAACGACUAUUCCGUCCAUCACCACUCUCUGCAGCACAGGCAGCUAAGCGAUCUUCAGGCCCAGGAUGGUAUUACUGGUGCACAGCCGUACAGUCGUACUCCUGAGCUCCGAGUGAGCCACAAGCUCGCCGAGCGCAAGAGACGAACGGAAAUGAAGGAGCUUUUCGACGCCCUGCGAGACGAGAUGCCGCAGGAACGGGGCUCGAAGGCAUCCAAAUGGGAAAUUCUCACCAAAGCUAUCAACGAACAUCGUGCCCAGAAGGAGUGCAUUAAGACCCUCCAAGCUCGAUGCCACUCGGUGAUGUCAGAGAAUGAGAUGCUGCGACGCGAGCUGCAGUCGAUGCGUGUAGGCGGAGGCCAAUAUCGACCAGACACAGCGCAACCGCAGCAAAUGCCUCCGGCAGCAGCCCCAGCCCAGCCUUCGGCACAAGCUCCUUACGUUGGCGAGCACUUUGCUGGCGCAAGCCGUACCGAACUUCCACCUCUACGAUCCAUCAGCAACAGUGUUCCAAACGGACCCGAGUCCAUGACGGGAGUUCAGUAUGAGGCCCCUGGUGUCAAUGGAUAUCGACCAGAGAGAUACUAG